GGCAGUGGCGGCUGCGGCCCCGGGCGCGGAGCGGGUGCCCGGCGCGGAGAGCUGCGAGCGCAGCCAUGCCCCAGGCCGCCUCUGGGGCAGCAGCAGCGGCGGCCGGGGCCGGGGGCGCCGGGGGGCCGGCGGCGGCCCGGGCGGGACGAUGAAGCGGCAGAACGUGCGCACGCUGGCGCUCAUCGUGUGCACCUUCACCUACCUGCUGGUGGGCGCCGCGGUCUUCGACGCGCUGGAGUCGGAGCCAGAGCUGAUCGAGCGGCAGCGGCUGGAGCUGCGGCAGCAGGAGCUGCGAGAGCGCUACAACCUCAGCCAGGGCGGCUACGAGGAGCUGGAGCGCGUCGUGCUGCGCCUCAAGCCGCACAAGGCCGGCGUGCAGUGGCGCUUCGCCGGCUCCUUCUACUUCGCCAUCACCGUCAUCACCACCAUCGGCUACGGGCACGCGGCGCCCAGCACAGAUGGCGGCAAGGUGUUCUGCAUGUUCUACGCGCUGCUGGGCAUCCCGCUCACGCUCGUCAUGUUCCAGAGCCUGGGCGAGCGCAUCAACACCUUGGUGAGGUACCUGCUGCACCGUGCCAAGAAGGGGCUGGGCAUGCGGCGCGCCGACGUGUCCAUGGCCAACAUGGUGCUCAUCGGCUUUUUCUCGUGCAUCAGCACGCUGUGCAUCGGCGCCGCCGCCUUCUCCCACUACGAGCACUGGACCUUCUUCCAGGCCUACUACUACUGCUUCAUCACGCUCACCACCAUCGGCUUCGGCGACUACGUGGCGCUGCAGAAGGACCAGGCCCUGCAGACGCAGCCGCAGUACGUGGCCUUCAGCUUCGUCUACAUCCUCACGGGCCUCACGGUCAUAGGCGCCUUCCUCAACCUCGUGGUGCUGCGCUUCAUGACCAUGAACGCCGAGGACGAGAAGCGCGACGCCGAGCACCGGGCGCUGCUCACCCGCAACGGGCAGGCGGGCUGCGGCGGCGGCGGCGGCGGCAGCGCGCACACCACGGAUACCGCCUCGUCCAUGGCAGCGGCGGGCAGCGGCGGCUUCCGCAACGUCUACGCGGAGGUGCUGCACUUCCAGUCCAUGUGCUCGUGCCUGUGGUACAAGAGCCGCGAGAAGCUGCAGUACUCCAUCCCCAUGAUCAUCCCGCGGGACCUCUCCACGUCCGACACGUGCGUGGAGCAGAGCCACUCUUCGCCGGGAGGGGGCGGCCGCUACAGCGACACGCCCUCGCGACGCUGCCUGUGCAGCGGGGCGCCGCGCUCCGCCAUCAGCUCGGUGUCCACAGGCCUGCACAGCCUGUCCACCUUCCGCGGCCUCAUGAAGCGCAGGAGCUCCGUGUGACCGCCCCGGGGGGCCUGGAGCGCCUGGGGGCGCGGGCUGGGGACCCCUGCCGGGCGGACCUGCUGCUGUCGGCCAGGAGACUGCCCCCGCCGCCUUCUGCCCAGUGGGACCCCCCACAACAUCCCUCACCACUCUCCCCCAGUGCCCCCAUCUCCGACUGUGCCUGCUUGCCCCAGCCGGCAGGAGGCCGGGCUCUGAGGACCCCUGGGGCCCCCAUCCGAGCCCUGCAAAUUCCGAGAAAUGUGAAACUUGGUGGAGUCAAGGAGGGAAGGCAGAAGCUGGGAGCGUCCCUUCCCUUUGAAAAUCUAAGAAGCUCCCAGUCCUCAGAGACCCUGCUGGUACCCAGACCCCCACCUCCGGAGGGGACUUCAUGUUCCGUGUACGUUUGCAUCUCUAUUCAUACCUCUGUCCUGCUAGCUCUCCCACCUUUCCUUGGUUCCAAAAGCCAGCGUGUCUUUGUCCAAGUCACCCCCACUCAGUCCCACUCCCCCACUCCGUCCCCAGCUGUGUCUCCCAACCUCCCGCUCUCUUUGUGUUGUUUUGCAUGGCUUUGCAGUUAUGGAGAAAGUGGAAACCCAGCAGUCCCUAAAGCUAGUCCCCCGAGAGCAGGUCAGAAAGAAGGGACCGGCAGGCAGCAGGAGGGGUGAGCCAGAAGGCUUGCCAGUCUGCAGAAUGGUCACACUGGAGGUUCAAGUUAACUGACCUCUAGCCACAUUCUCAUAGCAGGUCGGACUUCAGCCUUCCAGACACUGCCCUUAGAAUCUGGAACAGAAAACUUCGCCAUCCCCAGCCACUGCUAAUAAUUACCAACUCUUAAAUUUGUGGAGUGAUUUUUAGCCUCUGAGAACUCUGUGCUGGCCACUGAUUGCUUUGAGUCUCACAACACCCUACUUAGGUCAUGAAGGCAGGAGUUCUGACCCCCAUUUUACAGAUGAGAACACUGAAGCCUGGACAGGUGAAGUGACCAGAUAGCAAAAGGCAAAGGGGUGGGGGGCUGCAUGCAGUGGCUCACGCCUGUAUCCCCAAUACUUUUGGAGGCUGAGGUGGGAGAAUUGCUUGAGCCCAAGAAUUCAAGA